UAGGAUGAACAUCAGUUGGCCCUACCACCUAUAUAAGUUUAAGGACUUCCAUUUCCUUUGAGUGUUUUUCUUGGUUGGCCGCAGAUCUCAGUUAUCAACCAUGAUCCUCCUGACUGCGCUGCUCUGUGGGCUUCUCUGCUUGGCCCACAGUUCCAACUUAAAGGGUUUCAUUGGGAAAAGGGAUAAAACGUCUGGCAACACCAUAGAGGACGAUGACUUCAGUAUCUCCACACUGCUGGAAAAGGCCAACGCCAACGUUGGAAAGAACUUGGAUGAACCUCUGGUGAUGUUUGGAGACAUUGCUAUGCCAACCGGUUUUGGGAAUGCCGAUCCAUGCACGGCACGAGGCUGCCUGUGGCCCAAAAGCACCGACGGCAACGUCUACGUACCUUUCCGGAUCUCCAACCAGUUCUCCACAAGGGAAAGAAACACCAUUGUCGAGGGUUUGAAUUCGUUCGCGCAGUCCACCUGCAUCCGCUUCACGCCCCAGCAAAGGCAGAGGGACUUUGUGGACAUCCAGUCUCGCUCUGGGUGCUACUCGUUUGUGGGACGCCGCGGCGGCGGCCAGGUCGUGUCGUUGAGCCGCAACGGGUGUGUCUUCAGGCAGGUCAUCCAGCACGAGCUGCUCCACGCUCUGGGCUUCAACCACGAACAGACCCGCUCCGACCGGGACAAUCACGUCCGCAUCCUUCUCCAGAACGUCAUUCCUGGACAGGAGCAUAACUUCAGGAAAAUAAACACGAGAAACCUUGGCACUCCCUAUGACUACGGCUCUGUGAUGCAUUAUUCAAGGUUUGCCUUUUCCAGAAACAGACAGCCAACCAUCUCCCACCGACAUCCUGCGCGUCAAUCGCCUUUACCAAUGCAAUGCAAAUGUACCAGAAAAAAAGGAGAACGAAGUGCCAGAGGACAAAUUCUAUGCAUAUUAAAGGAAAUCAGCUAAACAGCAGAAAAUUGUAGAGAGUAAUGCAGCCCUUCAUCUAUUUUCAACCCCAGGAUACGUAUUUUGUGUUCUCUGCUCCAAUCAAAUUCUGAAGUUUUUUUAUUUUAUUCGCUUAGGUGCUGACUGAAUAAGUCAUGAAUAUGAUAGACAGCUGAAUUGUCUGCUUAAAAGAAAAUACAUGGCUAAUUAAAGAACUGCUUGCAAGCUUGAUGCAGUACAGAAAUGAAUAAAAGUACUUCUAUUCAACA